AAUGGUGUUGUUAAUGUUAUGGCGGUGGCGGUUGAGGUCGGAGGAAGAGAUGGAUCUAGUGGAGGUGGUGUGUUGUUGUAGCGGCGGGGAUAGGGGUUGAGGUCAGAGGAGGUCACGGAUCACCGUGGACGUGAGGUGGUGGUGAUGUUGUGGUGACAACGACAGGGGUUGAGGUCAGAGGAGGAGAUGGAUCACCAUGGACGAUGGCAAUUCCAGAAACACCAUGGACAGAGGCGAUUCCAGAGUCACCAUGGACGGCUGUGAUUCCAGAGUCUAGACGGCAAUUCCAAAGUCACCAUUGACGGCGGCGAUUAUCUUGAAAUCCUCAGUUUUUCACCUCAGAUUCAAUUUUGCCUCAUUCAAUCCAAAUCUUGAUUAAGACGAUUGCUCCAGUGUAUUUUCAGAAACCUUGAAUUGAAGGCCAUCACAGCUUCGAGCAGCUUAGAGGAAGAGCGGCCAUCAAAGUCAUAGGUAUUGAAUGCUAGGGUUUCGAUUUGGGACUAUGGACUGAGAAUUUUCUUCGAAUAAUGGAUUGAAGAGUAGAGAGAAAAAAGACUAUUGCUCUGCAAGGCUGGCUCUGCAUCAGUGGCAGGCUCGGCAGGUAUAGACGAGUGGAGCAAUGGAGGAAAAGGAGGGUUUAUGCAAACGUCAAGACGAGCCGUGGAGGGUUCUUGAAUUCUACAGUGGCAUUGGUGGCAUGAGAUACUCAAUCGUGAGGGCCGGUGUGAAUGCAACAAUAGUCGAAGCUUUCGACAUAAACGACAUCGCAAACGAUGUUUACCAGCACAAUUUCGGCCAUCGACCCUACCAGGGUAAUAUUCAAACCUUGAGUGCUGCUGAUCUUGACAGCUAUAAGGCGCAUGCAUGGCUUCUUUCUCCUCCUUGCCAGCCAUACACCCGACAAGGUCUAAAAAAAGACUCCAGUGAUGCUAGGGCCUCUUCUUUUCUCAAAAUUCUUGAACUUAUACCACAAACUUCGCAGCCUCCAUUGAUGCUGUUUGUGGAGAAUGUUGUUGGAUUCGAGACAUCUGAUACGCAUAGGAAAAUGAUUGAAAUGUUGGCAAAAACUGAUUUUGUUACACAGGAAUUCAUUUUGAGCCCAUUGCAGUUUGGUGUGCCAUAUUCUAGACCACGAUACUUUUGUCUGGCAAAAAGAAAACCAUCAUCAUUUCGGAACCCAAUCUUCAACAACAAGCUGCUUUGGGCUCCCAGUCCAUUAUUUGAAUCUGACGAAAAUAUAGGGAUUAAUGAAAGUGAUCAAUCACAGGAGAGAUGGGAUAAUUUGCUUCAAGCUUGUGAACCUGUAGAGAAUUUUCUUGAAUUCAAGACUCAUAGCAACAAAGUCAAUAUUGAAUCUGGCAUUGCGUCUCCCAUAAAUGGUCCUACAAACGUUUCUGAAGCCUUGGGGGAAAGUGAUGAAAGAAAUGGAUUUGACAUUAACUCUUUGAACCAGUACAUUGUUCCACUAAGCUUGAUAGAGAGAUGGGGAAGUGCGAUGGAUAUUGUCUAUCCUGAUUCUAAGCGAUGCUGUUGUUUUACAAAAAGUUACUACCGGUACGUCAAGGGUACCGGCUCUCUUUUGGCAACUGUCCAGUGCAAAAUGAAGGACAUGCAGCCAAAGACGGAGGACAAAGCAUCUUCAUUUGAGGAGCAGUGCCUUCGAUUUUUUACUCCCAGGGAGGUUGCCAACUUGCAUUCUUUUCCAGAGGAUUUCUGUUUUCCCAAGCACAUAAGCCUUAGACAACGCUAUGCAUUGCUGGGGAACAGUUUAAGCGUAGCAGUGGUUGCUCCGUUGCUCCAAUAUCUAUUCACUGAACCAUCAUAAUAAUAUAAUCGCAAUCUCCAUUGAUGCAAUAAUUUUCCCCGACAAAGAUGCAUUCUUUGCCUUCAUUUUACCUUUUUUCUGGGUUAACACAGUCAAACAGAUCAGUGCUACAAACUUUGGUUUACAGCAGAGGGAUGAAGCUUGAAUCUCUGCCUAUUUUUCACGAACACGAUAAUCAGGAGCUCAGGAGCUCGAACUUGUAUUAUAUAGCUUUUGAAUUUAGACGAAAUGUCUCAGUUUUGACAAGCCUCAUGUUGUUGUACCAUUGGUGAAUAUAUAUAUUCUACUCAUGUGAAUUGUUAUCUGAAAAAUGAAUGUGGUAACUUUCAAAUGCAAUGUAAUCUCAACUACGUGUUUAUACUUUUGCAGGCUUAUAUUGUGCCUAUU